UGACAGGCAGAGCACACAUUAAAGAAUUCUUUACUCCAAAAGGCACCGACGGCAGCACGGCAAACAUGUCUGAACACGAGGCGGUCACACAUGAAGUGGACGACGAUGAUGAGGUGGAUUCAAAAGUGAACUACAAACCUCCACCGCAAAAAUCCAUGCAGGAGAUUCAGGAGAUGGACAAGGAUGACGAGAGCUUAGCCAAGUACAAGAAAUCUCUCCUGGGGGAAGGGCCGGUCGUUGUUUUAAAGCCAUCAGUUCCAAAUGUGACAGUAACCCGACUCACACUGGUCUGUGAAACAGCCCCUGCGCCAAUCACCAUGGACCUCACACAGGACCUGGAUAAACUUAAGAAGACGACGUUCGUCCUAAAAGAAGGGUGUGAGUACAGAGUUAAAAUCAGCUUCAAAGUAUGCAAAGAGAUAGUGUCCGGGCUAAAAUAUGUGCAGCACACAUACAGGACCGGAGUGAAAGUCGCCAAAGCCACAUUUAUGGUGGGAAGCUACGGACCCCGAGCGGAAGAGUACGAGUUUCUGACCCCCUUAGAAGAAGCCCCUAAAGGAAUGUUGUCACGAGGAACAUACCACAACAAGUCCUUCUUCACCGACGACGACAAUCACAAUCACCUAACUUGGGAGUGGAAUCUGUCCAUCCGCAAGGAGUGGGAUGAUGCUUCAUAAAGUCCCAUGUUGCCCACAAGUGUCCACCGUGUGCAUUAUUCCCACAGCUUCUGUCUGGAA